UAAGCCCUGGAUAGGCCCUCGCUGCCUCCACUGGUGCUGGGGCCACCGGCAGCCCCACGUCUGCGUGCGUGACUCUGGGCUCCGUCCCUGCGGACGCCCAGCCCAGUGGCCAGAGCUGGCUGACGCCCAGGGGCGGAGGAGCCAUGCGGGCUGCUCUCUGGGCCUUGGGAGUCGGGCCCUUUCUCCUCACGCUCUGGGCAGUCCCCACUGGUGGGCCGGGCAACCUGAGGCUGGCGAACAGAUACAGCGAGUGUGACGGACUGGUGCUGGCCCGGCACCAGGGGGAGUGGGGCCACGUGUGCAACCAGGAGUGGACGCUGGCGGAGGCCUCGGUGGUCUGCAGGCAGCUGGGCUGCGGCCCUGCCGUGGGGGCCCCCAAGUACGUCCCGCUGCCCGAAGAGAGGGUGCAGCCCUCGCUCCACAACGUGUCCUGCCGGGGCGACGAGUCCUCCCUGUGGGAGUGCAGCCUCGGGGCGUGGACACGGGCCCCAUGCCCCCACGACUGGAUGGUGGUCGCCCUGUGCGCCAACGGCACUUUUCGGGAGAUCCGGCUGGUGAAGGGCCGGAGCCCCUGCUCCGGGCUCCCCGAGAUCAAGAACCUGAACGGCGUGGACCGCCUCUGCGGCCUGCACCAGACGGAGGCCACGGUGUUCUGCCGGGAGCUGGGGUGCGGGCCCGCGCUGCAGGCCUCCCGCCAGGGCGGGGACGCCGGCGGGAAGUUCAUGACCUGCCAGGGCACGGAGCCCACCAUCCGCAACUGCAGGCUCGACAACAAGCUGCGCAGCGGCUGCGACGCCCAGCAGGACGCCGAGGUGGUCUGCGCAGGACACACGGAGGCCCGGCUGGCGGGCGGCGAGCACCCCUGUGCCGGGCGCCUGGAGGUGAGGCGCGGCCUGACCUGGGGCACCGUCUGCGACCAGGACCUGGACCAGGCCACGGCCCACGUGGCGUGCCGGGAGCUGCAGUGCGGCGUGGCCGUGUCCACGCCCCCGGGCGCGCACUUUGGCCAGGGCUCGGGGCCCGUGUGGACGGAGGCCUUCCGCUGUGCGGGCAACGAGUCGCUGCUGUUCCACUGCCCGCGGGCGCCCGGGCACCGGUGUGGGCACGGCCAGGACGCCGGGCUCCGGUGCUCAGAGUUCCGGCUGGCCAACGGCAGCAGCAGCUGUGAGGGCCGCGUGGAGCUCCAGGUCCAGGGGGCCUGGGCGCCCCUCUGUGCCGCCCACUGGGACCUCGUAGACGCCACCGUCCUGUGCCACCAGCUGCAGUGCGGCAGCGCCGUGGCCGUGCCCCCGGGCGGUCACUUUGGGCAUGGGGGCGCCCCCCUCUGGCCCGACAGGUUCCACUGUGCCGGGACAGAGCCCUACCUGUGGCACUGCCCGGUGAGCACGCUGGGCGCCCCGGCCUGCGCCCCCGGACACUCGGCCUCCGCGGUCUGCUCAGGCCUGGCCCAGGCGCUGCGGCUGCGGGACGGCCAGAGCCGCUGUGACGGCCGCGUGGAGGUGGCGCUGGACGGCGCGUGGGGCCGCGUCCUGGACGACGCGUGGGACGCGCGCGGCGCGGGCGUGGUGUGCCGGCAGCUGGGCUGCGGGGCGGCGGAGCGGGCCUACGAUGCCCCCGCCCCGGGGCGCGGGGUCCGCGUGGGGCUGAGCCGCGUGCGCUGCGCAGGCACCGAGGCCCGCCUGGCCCAGUGCGACGUGUCCGCCGCCCCGCUGGCGCCGCCGGGGGCCGCGCGGGACGCGGGCGUGGUUUGUGCGGGGAGCCGCGGGGUGCGCCUGGCCGCGGGCCCGGGCCGCUGCGCGGGGCGCGUGGAGCUGCUCCGCGGGGGCGCGUGGGGCACCGUGUGCGACGACGGCUGGGACCAGCGGGACGCGCACGUGGUGUGCCGCCAGCUGGGCUGCGGCCGCGCCCUGGGCGCCCCGGGGGCGGCCGCCUUCGGGCCCGGGUCCGGGCGCAUCUGGCUGGACGAGCUGGGCUGCGAGGGCACGGAGUCCGCGCUGUGGCGCUGCCCGUCGGGGGGCUGGGGCCGGCACGACUGCGGCCACAAGGAGGACGCCGGCGCCGUCUGCGCAGAGUCGGUGGCCCUGCGGCUGCAGGGGGGCGCCCGCUGCGCGGGCUGGCUGGAGGUGCUCUACAACGGCUCCUGGGGCGCCGUGUGCGGGAACUCCCUGAGGCUGCACUCCGUGUCCGUCAUCUGCAAGCAGCUGGGCUGGGGAGCAGGGCUGGGUGGACAGAAAGCCCGUCCGCGCCGACCGGGGCAUCUCCUGGGUGGACAAGAUUGAGUGCCGCCCGCUGCACAACUCCACGCUGUGGCAGUGCCCCUCGGACCCCUGGCGCCCGCGCUCCUGCGCCCACGAGGAAGAGGACUGCCAGCGAACAUGACGCAGGAUUCUGGGGAGCCCCUCAACUGCUCCACCACCCGCAGCUGCCCAGAGGAGGGCUCGGUGCGGGUGCGCGGCGGCCAGGACGGCUGCGCGGGCCGCGUGGAGCUGUGGCACGCGGGCGCCUGGGGCACCGUGUGCGACGACGCCUGGGACCUGGCGGACGCGGAGGUCGUGUGCCGCCAGCUGGGCUGCGGCGGGGCCCUCAGCGCCCCCGCGGGCGCCGCCUUCGGCCCGGGCUCGGGGCCCGUGUGGCUGGACCAGGUGGGGUGCCGGGGCAGCGAGGCGGCGCUGGGGGGCUGCCCCGCGGAGCCGUGGGGGCACACGGACUGCGGGCACAAGGAGGAUGCGGGCGUGCGCUGCUCCCGGGACAGAGGGCCCACAGUCCCACCACCAGCAGCAGGCCCCACCCUGGCCCCGCUGCCUUCCCUCAAGGCUGGGACCCUGCCCAUGAUCCUCUGCUUCGUCCUGGGCACCCUCCUGGGCGUCGUCUCCCUGAUCCUGGGGGUGCAGUGGUACCGCAGAGGAGCCUGCGGGGGUUCUGGAAUGCUGGGGACUCGGCCCCCGGAAGCUGUUUACGAGGACAUUGGUGCUGUCCCCAUGGGGGAGAAGCUCGAAGGGUCCAGUGUGUCCCCGGACCUGCUGCCGGAGGAGGACUAUGACGAUGCCUGGGAGCCGGGCCCCGAGGAACAGGAGGCGGAGCAGGAGGCGGCGCAGGAGGAGGGGACGGCCCUGAGCUCCAUGGGUGUGCACCUGUGCGCCGUGGCGGCCGCUGGGCUCGUCCUGCUGUACUGCUGCUGCUUCCACAGCUCCGCGCCGGCCAGCGCCUACAUUUAAACACCCCGAGCCCGUCUGUGUGU